GAGAGGAGAGGUGAUGAUCUGUAUCGAACCCAUACUGGCUCAUUAGUCAUUAGUCGAGCCAGCAGCAGCAGAUUCAUAUUACCUAUGUAAUAUUGCAAUUUAGUUGGUAGGUGGAGUGUGAACGUGCUGCAGCUACGGCCGUCAUCACUCGUCGUCAGUAACGGGGCCGAAUAUCGUUUAUUAAUAGGUACCUACCUAGUUGUAAUAAUAUUUAUCGUAAAAAAUUUUUUAUAAAUAAUUAAAUCCCGCUCUCCUCGCCGCACAAGAGGACCAACGCCGAUUCGUAUUAUUAUGCUUAGAAUUUAAUGUGUCCGGCACCAGGUCGCGAUAAUCAUUUUUAUUGUCGUUGUUGUUGUUAUUAUGUGAAAGUGCAUGUCGGCGACGAAUUAUUUUAACAAUGACGAACUCGACUUUGCUAUUGCCUCAGUACCACAAGUAUCUCAAUGGCGCACCGGUGCCGUUCAGCAGGCGGACUCGGAGGAACAGCGAAUUUUGUCUAGUGGUACUAGUAUUCAUAUCCCUGACUAUCAUCUGCUUUGGAGCCGUGUUCUAUUUACCAGAGUUUAAGGCUACCUAUGGUGGCACUAUCAACAAUGUUUACAAACACAUACAAAAUGCAGGCCCCGAGCUGUUGUUGCCAGCUCACGGUAACUCUAGACACGAUGGAGUACUGGAGGAUCCGCACGCAGCUUGGGACAAGCAAGCACUGGAGGCCAAAAUUGAUGAGGACUAUUCGGACAAACGAAAAGUGUUAGAAAGACCAGACACGGGGAAUACUAUGAAACGGCACAUAAGUAGUAACAGUAGUUUCAUCCAUGUAGCUGAAUCAAUUAUUGAACACGUUGAAACUAGUAAAACGUACGAAAAUUCUGAGUUGAGACAAAGGCGAAACAAAGUUAAAGAAAUGAUGAAACAUGGCUGGGAUAAUUAUGUUAAAUAUGCAUGGGGUAAAAAUGAAUUAAAACCUGUAUCAAAAAGAGAUCAUUCUGGAAGUGUAUUUGGCUCAGCGAGUAUGGGUGCAACUAUUGUUGAUUCACUGGACACAUUAUUAAUUAUGGGUUUACACGAUGAGUAUAAACUUGGAAGAGAUUGGGUUGCGAAUAAUUUUACUUUAGAAAAUGUGAAAAUUGAUAUAUCAGUUUUUGAAACAAAUAUUCGUUUUAUUGGCGGUUUUCUCACAUGUUAUGCUAUGACUGGUGAUACUAUUUUCCGUGAUAAAGCUGAAUACAUUGCAAAAAAAUUAUUACCUGCAUUUCAAACUCCAACUGGAAUCCCAUAUUCAUUAGUCAAUCUAAAAACAGGGAACAGCAAAAAUUAUUUAUGGGCAAGUGGUGGUAGUAGUAUACUAUCAGAAUUUGGUACUCUACAUUUAGAAUUUGUAUACUUAUCAGAUAUCACUGGCAAUGACAUUUAUAAACAAAAAGUUGAUCAUAUUAGACAAUUUGUGAGAAGUCUUGAUCGACCUAAUGGAUUGUAUCCAAAUUUCUUAAAUCCAAUUACUGGAAAAUGGGGACAACGCCAUGUAUCACUGGGAGGCCUUGGUGAUAGUUUCUAUGAAUAUUUGUUGAAAUCAUAUAUACAAUCGAAUGGUAAAGAUUUAAUAGCACGUGACAUGUUUGAUGAUGCCAUGGCAAGUGUAAUGGAUAACCUAGUACAAACAUCUUCUUCUGGACUAACAUAUUUAGCAGACAUGCGUUUUGAUCGGCUUGAACAUAAAAUGGAUCACUUAUCAUGUUUUGCGGGUGGAAUGUUUGCACUUGCUGGGGAAACUCUAGGCAGUGAUGCAUCUAAACACUAUACUGAUCUUGGAGCUAGUUUAACAGAAACGUGCCAUGUAUCUUAUGAUAAGACAGCUACAAAAUUAGGACCUGAAGCUUUUAGAUUUACAGAUAAUUACGAAGCAGUUGCAGUACGUGGCACUGAAAAAUACAAUAUACUUCGGCCUGAAACAGUUGAGUCAUAUUUUGUUUUAUGGAGAUUAACCCAUGACAACAAAUAUCGAGAAUGGGGAUGGGAGGCUGUACAAGCUUUUGAAAAAUACUGUAGAGUAUCAGGUGGAUACAGUGGAAUUAAAGAUGUUUACCAAAUAGAUUCAAGUAAAGAUGAUGUUCAGCAGAGUUACUUUUUUGCAGAAACUCUUAAAUAUUUAUACCUAUUAUUCAGUGAUGAUAAUGUAAUUCCAUUGGAUAAAUGGGUUUUCAAUUCAGAAGCUCAUCCUCUUCCUGUUAUAGAACGUAAUUCUCAAUACAGAAUGCAUCAAUAAGUUUUUCAAUUGUUGUGAAUUAUAUUUUGGAAUGCCAAGAACUUUGUUUAUGAAUUUUUAAUAUGUGUUAAACAUAUCAAAAACCAAAUUAGUUUUUGAAAAUUGUUGACAUAUAUUAGGUAAUUAUGUUUAUUUUUUAUUGAAAUCUAAAAUAUGUAUGAAUAUACAGUACAUAAACUGCUGUAUACUAGUAUACAGAGUUAUUAAAAAUAUAAAAUAUUUUACCUGUUAACUUGUAAGCAAAUACCAUUAUUUAUGGAGUGCAAAAUUUGAAUAACUUUGUAUAUUUAAUACAUAUUAUUUUAUAGAUUUUGUUUUGUAAAAAUCUAAGUAUUUGGAAACCACUCAAUAAUUCAUAUAAUUAAUUUUCUGUGAUAAUAAAUUAAUUUUUUUUUGUCUAGCUAUAAUUCAAAUUUUAAGCAAGUUUUUUUGUUAUUGUUUGCCAAUCUUUUUUUAACAACUCUUAGUAAUUUUGCUUUAUUAAAUAUUAAUUUUAGUUCUUGUUAUCUAUAAUUUUUUAAAACUGAUUAUGAUUUCACAGAUCUAAUGUAUAUUAUUAAGUUGUUUAAUCUUGAUAUAUUUUGAUAACUGACAGCUAUUCAUAUACUUUUUAACUCAUUAGCAUUAUGUACAUUUUAAUAAUUACUAAUGCUUUAAAGGUAUUGCUAAAGUUUUAAUUAAUAAAAUAUUAUUCUAACGGGAUUUUAAUAAUUUAAAGUUUUAGAAUAAACAAUAAGUAUUCUAUAGGUAUAUUUAUAACAGAAAAUCAUGAAAUUACUGGGGUUUGGAACACUGCACUAAAAACGUUGGACACAUAAAUAUAAUUAAAAUCAUAAAAACAUUGUUUUUUAUAUAUUUAAAUAAAAAAUGUAUAAUUAAAUAAAAUUAAAAUAUUUAUUAUUAAUUAGAAUAGACAAUUUUUGCAUUUAAAAAUGGAUUUAUUUGUCAAAUCUGCCUUUUUUUCUAAAUUACAUGUAAAGUCUAUUUUUAGUGUACUCUUUUACACCACAUAGCAUAUACAUUAAUCAGUCUAAAAUAUAUACAAAUUCAUUCAAGCUUGAACCUUAGUUAUGACUUUUGUUCAAUAUUAAUUGUAGAUAAAUAAUAAUAAUCAUUUUUUUUUUUUUAAUACAUUUUAUAGGUAUGCUUUUAAAAGUAUAAUCUGAUUUAAUUUACUUUAUCUCAUUAAACAAGAAUGUAUAUAUAAUAGAUGUUUUGGUAUUUUAAGGUUUAAGUUAGUGGUGGUUUUGAUUAUUAAAUUCAAAUGAUAAUUUUUAUUUUUGUGUUAGAUGGUAUCAAAGUAAUUUUUUACUGCACUUAAUUUGUGAGUAUAAUGUUCUCUAUAGUAUUUAUAAUACACAUAGUCACAAUGUCUAAUAUAAUUUUAAAUGUACAUUAUAUACCAUAAAAUACAAUUAUGUUACACAAUAGUUAAUAAUAUAUAAUGAACUAUAUCUGCUGGUUUCACAAUUCUUUAAGCAAUUUUAAUUUUAUUUUAUAUACUUCCUCAUUAUAUGCCUGUAACUUACAUUAAUGUGUUAUAAUUGCAUUUAUAUUUUUUAAACAAUAAAAAAUAUUUAUAUUUUAAUUUACAAUUUGCGAUCAGUGUUUCAUGUUUGUUCACAUUAAACAUUUACAUCAAAAUUGCGUUUUUUUCUAUAAGUGAGAACAAUUAAUUAAAUUGUUUUAUUGAUCUAAGCUAUAUCAAUAAAAUUUGAAAUAAAUGUUAUUAUCAGUAAUAUAAACAGUUUUUUUUGUGUAUGAUUAAUUGCGUCUGGGAAUUAAAUGUUCAUUUGGUUUGUUAUAUAGUUAAUUUUACAUUAUUUAAUUUGUAUACUAUUUUUUUUUUUUAGCAUUUAUUAACUUCACGGCUAUAUUUUCUAUAUUUUAAUAAGUUUAUUUUUUGAUUGAUAUAGUUUAUUAACUAUGUAAUAUAAUAUAUAGACAUAGUAUACUAUCACAAGAUUAUGUUUUUAUAUAAUAGAGUUAUUAGGUAUUGUCACCACAAAAAGUCAUAAACAUCUAAAAAAUCAUGCUUUUUUAUGGUUUAUAACAGUGGUGAAGCUUCAUGUGAUCAUAAUGUCUAUCCACUUAAAUGGACAAAGAAUUUGGUUUUAUAUUUAAAUAAAAUAUUUUUUUUCCAAAUUUGAAUGUAAUAUUAUGUAUAUAUGUGUUGGUCAAAAUAUUUUUUUUUGUUACAUUCUUAGAAUAAACUAGUUGUGCGUGUGACAAAAGGUCAAUCCCCAGUUAACAUCCAAAAUCCGAAUAAAAGAAUAAAAAUAAACAAUAUAAAAUAUUUUCAAAUUUAUCUAGUUUUAUUUUAUUUUUUAAUCAUUGCUGUUAUGCUUGAUUUAUUUAAUUUUUUAAAGUAUGUUUGACCUUAAGUCACGCCUUGCAACUGGUUUGUUUUAUAGUAUACUAU